AUGGACGGUGGCGGCGGCGGGGGGCUGGGCGGCUUCCGGUGGACCGCGGAGGAGGCGUCGACGAUCGGGGGCAUCGCCACGGUGUCGCUGCUGCACUCCUUCAUCCCCACGCACUGGCUCCCCUUCUCCAUCGUCGCGCGCGCGCAGCACUGGCCUCUCUCCCGCACCCUCCUCGUCACUGCAUUUGGAGGUGUUCUUCAUGUUGUUUCUACGGCUCUUCUCGGGAUAACUGCAGUUACUAUGGCAAAUACUAUAGCUGGCGAAGAAACAGUGCAUAAACUUGCCUCGCUGUUGCUGAUUUUUCUUGGAGGAAGUUAUAUCUUGUUGUUUGCCUUAGGAAAAGGUGGUCAUAGCCAUGCUCAUAAUCAUCCAAUGGAAAAGAUGGCAGUCGCUGGUCUUGUACUUGUACCUGCAUUAUCACCCUGUGCAACAACUCUUCCAGUUUUUCUUGCUGUUGGCAACUCUUCCUCAAUGAUGAUUCUUGCGAUCAUUGUGCUCCUCUUCAGCACCAUCACAGUGAUGACAUCCUUGGUGGCCCUUUCAUUCUAUGGUGCUAGCCAAAUCAAGUUCCACUGGGUUGAGCGCUAUGACAAGAUCCUUGUCGGCACGGUGCUGUGCCUUGUUGGAGUCUUAACAUAUGUGUUCCAUCAUCACGAUGGUGAUGAGCACUCUCUCCACGAGCAUGUGCACCGGAAACUCGUGUCUCUCUAG